AUGGCUCAAUCCCAUGUCUCUCCACCACAUUUCACACCUCUCUUCGUCUUCCAUUUGUUGCUCUUCCACUUGCUCCACACUCACCCACCCCUCGUGUCGGCAGUUAACAUUACAUCCCUCCUGUGCUCCUUCCCUGAUCUCUCUGACUUCAAUAACCUCCUCACCAGUUCUUCACUCUCUUCCGAGCUCUCUCUCCGCUCCUCCCUCACCCUCCUCGCCGUCCCCAACCGCUUCCUCCGCUCUUCCGGCCUCCUCCACCACACCUCCACCGGCACCACCGUUGCCGACAUCCUCCGCUUCCAUGUCCUUCUUCAAUAUCUCUCCUGGCCAGACUUCCUUCAUGUCCCUCUUAAUGGUAGACUCGUCACCACCCUCUUCCAAACCACUGGCCGCGCCACCGGCAACCUCGGCUCCGUCAACAUCACCCUCAACCCAUCCGACUCCACCGUCUCCGUCGGCUCCACCAACUCCUCCACUACCAUCCUCUCCCUCGUUAAAACUCUCCCUUACAAUGUCUCUAUCUUCACUGUUAAUUCCCUCCUUGUCUCCUCCAGUUUCGAUCUCAUGACAUUUGAGAAUCAACCCCCUGUUGGUCUCAACAUUACCAAGAUCUUAAUAGAUAGCCAUAACUUCAAUGUCGCUGCUUCCAUGCUCACUGCUUCUGGUUUCGUUAAGGAGUUCGAGGACGACGAAGGUGGAGCUGGGAUUACGUUCUUCGUUCCCACUGAUAUGGCUUUCGCUGAUCUUCCCACCAUGGUGACGCUUCAGUCUUUGCCUGCUGACGAGAAAGCUGUCAUCUUGAAGUUUCAUGUACUGCAUUCUUACUACCCUUUGGGUUCGCUAGAAUCUAUAGUUAACCCUGUGCAGCCAACGUUGGCGACGGAGGACAUGGGAGCUGGGAGAUUUACUUUGAAUAUUACGAGGUUUAAUGGUUCACUGGUGAUUGAUACGGGGAUUGUUCAAGCUUCGAUAACGCAGACGGUUUUAGAUCAAAACCCUGUUUCGAUUUUUGCUGUUUCGAGAGUUUUGUUGCCCAGGGAGAUCUUUGGUAACGAAGCCAUGGGGUCUUCGAGGUCCGCCAGUGGAAUGCUCAGAGCUUCGCCUCCGGAGGUGUCGUCUCCACAGGAUUUGCCUUGGUUGAAUAGCCCACCGGCUCAGCUCUCGUCUCCCCCUGAUUUUCGCGAGGAGAUUCGAUCCAGUGCGGCUGUUAUUGAGCUGCGCAAAGCUGUUGCUCUACUCUGUAUACUGUUCAACCACUUGGUCUACUAGUUAUGUAGUAUUUGAUUUAUGUUUUCUCUUAAUAUUAUUUGGUGGUAUAUCAAUUAGGCUUCCUUGGUAUAAUUUGAGAACCAGCGCACCAUUAGUUUUGGGUGGGUGGGGUAGUUU